AUGGGCCCCAUACCAGCUGCUACAGGACGGUACUGUGUGGAAACUUGUCAGUAUGGAUACUUAUAUAAACUUCAACUUGACCAUCAGUCACUACGGGCCCCUUGCCUACAGCUGCAGCAAGCCUUUCUAAAAUAUACUGCUACUUUCCAGGAUCAAAAGCUGAAAGACAGACAUCAGCAGUGGGUCCAGAUUAAGAGAACUUGGGCUGGUGAGGGUCAUUCAUUAGCUUUAGGUGAUAUUAUGGUGUUACUGAAAGCUGUUGGUGCUGCUGAGUUUGUUGGUUGCACAUCGUGGUUCUGUGAGCAGCAUGGCCUACGUUAUAAGGCAAUGAUUGAAAUACGAAAGAUGAGAACACAACUGACUAAUGAAGUGAACUUGGUAAUACCUGAUGUUAAUUUAUUUGUGGAUCCAAAGAUGACACCACCAACACCUCUGCAGAUAAAGCUCUUGCGUCAGGUUAUUUUGACAGGAUUUGCAGAUCACAUUGCAAGACGAAUACCUAAGACAGAUAUAAAAGAUGAUGAGAAAAUCAAACUUAAAAAUGCUUAUCAGAGUAUUGAAGUUGAAACACCAGUCUUCAUCCACCAUUCAUCAGUGUUACAUAAGGAGGCCCCUGAGUAUGUUGUCUAUCAGGAAAUUUUUCGAAACAAACAAGCUCUUUAUGAGAGUUGUUGCAGCUGUUGAGCCAGAAUGGUUUCCAGUAUUCGCACCCCACCUGUGUACUUUCUCCAAACCACUUGAUGAGCCAGCACCACGCUACGAUGUAAAAACAGACCAAGUGCUAUGUCACAUGUCUUCUUCAUUUGGGAGGUAUGCUUGGCCUGUUCCUCCUGUACAACUAGAAUUUCCUGCAGGCAUUGAAAAAUAUCGAUGGUUUGCACGUUUCCUGCUAGAAGGGUAUGUGGUGAAAGCCUUCAGAGCCAAUGUAAAUGUCCUGCUAUCACCUCC